GUUCCUGUGAUUAUGUUUUGGUGUAGAACGUCUUAGUCAAUUUCGAUGAUAUUUUUUGUCGUGUUCACCCACAAUAAGUAAUGUCGGAUGCUAAAAAGGUAAAGCAAGACCCUCUUUUAAAGCGAGGCUUUCAAAUUAGAAUUAGCCUUUAAUAGAGAAAAAUUUUGAGAUAAAUGGAGGGGAUAAAAAUUAAGGAGGCAGUUCAGGGUAAAAAUGCUGAAUAACUGAAAAUAUGGACCAAAUUCAAAAAUUGUUUUUUUGCAUUCUGUGAUGCAUAUUCUAUGCCCCUGAGGUUGAAAAGCUGGUAUUUGAAGCUUUACUUUUGAGAAUUUUCGAUUUGUUGUGAGACCACUUACAAAUUUAAACCUUAGCAACGAGUAUUUUUUGGUUGCUAUGGUGAGUUUUUAACAGAAAAAUGCCAAAUACAGCAGAUAUUUAAACCGACAGAAGUCCCAGGUGUUUGUCCAUUGUCCAUUCCGUCUUUUCCAGCCUCUUUACCAUUCAAAAUUGCAUUCACUUCAACUCAGUUUCUUCAAUCUUGAAGCACCUCGUGAAAUGCUUUCAGUUCCCAAACCAAAAUGUCGCCUGCUAAAAAGUUUCGAUCUAUUCGAAGGAAAGUACGUAAGGGAUUCAAAGGUAUAAAGAUCCAAGAUAUUCGUAAGGCAGAACAAAUUCCAUCAGCGAAUGCUAGUCCAGUGCAGGCUACAAGUCCUCCUCUUACAAGUAGUGCACAAGGGCCUAGUGAGUCAGGAAGUGUGGCAGACCAAAGUUUCGACCUUGACUCAUCCUUCGAGGUUAUCGAUGAAAGCAGUUAUGAGACUAGAAACAGGUCUUUACAGCUCGGUAAAAGAUAUGAACAAAUUCAUCCUGCGUGUGGUUUCAAAAUUAUUGACUUUGAUCUGCUAAAACAGAGUCUAGAAGCAGCAUUUAUUUGCACACUUUGUAAAACCGACAAAACGGGAAUUGAUAUCAUGGUAGAUGAAAAGAAGAGAAAAGGACUUGAAGAAAGCUUGUAUUUUGUGUGUAAAAAUUGUGGAAAUGAAACUCUACUGCAAACAAGCAAAGCAUUAACUGGCAGGAAAGUUUCAGAGGUCAAUGCCUGCUCUGUCAUAGCUUCAUCUUCGAUUGGUCAUGCCAGAUUGUCAGAUUUUUGUGGCACCAUGGGACUACCACCUCCUCUUGCAAAGUCCAGUUAUCAGCAACAGCUGAAAAAUGUAUGCAAACAUAUUGUAAAAGCGACUGAAGGAGUAUUGAUUGAAGCUUCAGAGAAGCUGAUACAGAUAACAGAGAAAGAGGAACCUUUUCAAAUACAGUUUGAUGAUAGUGGUAGGAAAAUUGCAAAUGUUGGUGUCACAGUUGAUGGCACAUGGCAAAAACGAGGACAUUCUUCCCGGAUUGGAGUUGUUUUUGUGAUGUCAGUUAGAACUGGUGCUGUUCUUGAUUAUGUUAUCAAAUCAAAAACAUGCCAUGAAUGUCGAUGUCAUGAAAAGGAUGACAAGGAGACAGAUCAAUAUAAAUCUUGGCAUGAGAAUCACAAGUCCCGUUGUGAAAUAAACCAUGAAGGAUCAUCAGGAGAAAUGGAGGCAUCUGGUGCAAUAGAAAUAUUUUUAAGAAGUAUUGAAUCUAGGGGACUUAAGUAUAUUGAUUUUGUGGGGGAUGGAGACAGCAGUAGUUUUGGGAGAGUUAAAGAGGCAUUAGAGGGAAAAUAUGGUAAAGAUUAUGAGGUCAGAAAAGAAGAAUGUGUAGGUCACAUCCAAAAAAGAAUUGGCACUGCCUUGAGAGAAUUCAAAAAUAAAAGAAAAAGUUGUAAACUUUCAGAUGGAAAAUAUGUUGGUGGUAAAGGGAGACUUACAAAAGUUGUUAUUGACAAUAUUCAAAACUAUUAUGGAUCAGCAAUACGAAACAACAAAGGAUCGAUUGAUGGAAUGAAGCAAAGUAUCAAAGCCAUUCAGCAUCAUUGUAUCAUAAACAACUAUUUAUCAUUGGAAGAACAACACCAGUUUUGCCCUAAAGAUCAAGAUACAUGGUGUAAGUUCUGGAAGGAAAAGCUAUACAAUGAUGGAAAAUAUUGCCAAGAUAAGAGGCUACCCGGUGUAUUUUUUGAAGAACUAACACCAAUAUUUCAAAGGCUUUCAGAUGAUGCAUUGCUUCAAAGAUGCCUGAAAGGAUUGACCCAGAAUCAAAAUGAAAGCCUUAAUGGUCAAGUGUGGACAAACAGGUGUCCAAAAACAAAGUACUGUGGGACCACAAAAGUUAAAAUAGCUGUUUGUGAAGCAGUUUCCAUGUGGAAUACUGGAGCUGCAAGUAGAGCUCUGCUGAUGAGAUCUUUGGGUAUCAAAGACCUUGGUCCUCAUACCUUGAAAUAUUUGAGGAACCAAAACAAACAGAGGCUGCAAAAUUCAAAAAGGAAAUCUAGCAUGGAAUUUAAGACAAAAAGGAAAGCACUGCGUCAUAAGGGUAAGAAAAAUAAAAAAAACUCAGAUAAAAAGUCAUAUAAAGCAGGUUCUUUUGAUAUAGACUCUCUACCUGAAGUCAGACAAAAGAAGAAAAAUAAAGCAAGAGGAGCAACCAGAAAGCAAGUUGAUGAUGAACAUAAUAAUAAGAGAAAAAGAAUUGAUUCAGAAGAUGAUAGCAAUUGUCAAAAUAUAACAUUCAUUGAUGAAAAAGAAAUAGCUGUUCUAACAGAAUUCAAGAAAAAUAAGGUCUAAAGGAAGAUUUCUGCAUGGAAGUUUAUUAUAAAGACUAAAUUGUACAAUAUUUAUCACCAGGACAUUGGUUUUAUCUUUUAUUUUGGUAUCAUUUUGGUUGUGCAAUAAUCCUAAAACUUUACUAUGCGUUUUCUCAACAUUUAAUAUUGUAGACGUGCGUAUAGGAAAACAUUGAUAAAUUUAAAAUCUGUUGCCAGAUCAAGCUCAAAUUUUCACAGUAUAUGUAUUUAAGAUAGUUCUAUGCAAUGAAUUGACAAGUUUACAAAAUUUGUUGUUGAACUAAUUUGAACUACAAAAAACUAUUUUUUGGACAUUCCCCCCUAUUAAUUGAUAAUUUUGAAAAAACCCCAAUACAUUGCACAGCUUGUUGCAAUGCAGAUUAUCUGCAGAAGUUUCAGCUUCCUGUGGUUGAUAGAACUUGUUUUAUCAAUGUCAAAGGCAAAAAGAGUACACUUGUUUACAUAUUGUUUCCAUGGAAACCAAUUUACUUUUUUCAUUAAUAAUUAUCAAAAAUUGUUUCUUAUUUCAAUGUCAUCCACUAGCAGAAAAAUUGUGUAUGUAUUGACACUUACACCAAAGUUAUGUUGGUUUUGUUAAAACUAACAUUUUUUCAAAUAUAACAUGAACUGCCUCCUUAAGGGCCGAGAUGGGUGUUGUGAUGUGAUGGGGGCGCUAGGCUUUUA